AUGUCAAGACAACAAUCAAGUAAAUCAAUUUUAAUGGUUGAACCAACUCAUUUUGAGAGUAAUGCACAAGCAAUUAAUGAUAAUACAUUUAUGAAUAAACCAGAGGAAUCAAUUGAUGUUCAUAAGAUGGGAGUUCAAGAAUUUACAAGAUAUUAUGAAGCAUUGAUUGAAAAAGGAGUAAAUGUUAAAUUGUUUCAACCAAGAGGUGAUGGUAUUGAAACACCAGAUUGUUUAUUCCCAAACAAUUGGUUCUCAACACAUUCAGUAGAGGAAAUGUCAAAUGUUAAUGGAUGCAGUGGCGGUAAGAAUACUUUAGUCUUAUACCCAAUGUGUCACCCAAAUCGUAGAUUAGAGAGAAGAUCAAAUAUUAUCGAAUAUCUUAAAUCUCGUCAUUCUGAAGAUCUUUUGGACAUAAUCGAUUUGACACAUUACGAGAAUGAAAAUAAAUUUUUAGAAGGUACUGGCUCAUUCGUGUUGGAUAGGGUCAAUAAGAAUGCAUACAUUUGUAUCUCACAAAGAUCAAAUAAAGAAUUGGCUCAAGAAUGGUGUGAUAAGCUAGGCUACAAUUUAAUUUCAUUCCAAUCAUUAGACUCAAACGAUAAAAUCGUUUAUCAUACAAAUGUAAUCAUGGCAAUUGGUACAAAGAUUGCUGUCAUCUGUUUAGACUCAAUUCCAAAUCCACAAGAAAGAGAACUCGUUCAAUCAACUCUCUCAAAAACUCAUACCAUCAUUGAUAUCUCUAAAGAUCAAGUAAACAAUUUCUGUGGUAAUGUCAUUGAAGUUCAAAAUGAAAAAGGUGAUCAAUUCUUGGUUUGUUCAAAAUCUUCUUUUGAUGCUUUCACUGAUUCUCAAAAAGAUAUCAUCUCUAAAAAUUGUAAUGGUGGUUUCAUUACUCGUGAAAUUCCAACAAUUCAAUCUGUUGGUGGUGGUGGUAUUAGAUGUAUGAUUGCUGAAUUAAAUUAA